UCUGCGAACCGACUGGAGUACUUACUGUGCCCGCGCCUCGUCGGCGACAAUUGAGAUGGUCGCCUGCGGCCGGUAGUGCGUGGUCGCGCCCCGACAUUCAGCGAGGGAACAAAUUAUAAAUAACCGGGGAUCCCGCAUCCUCCUAGUAGACCCCCACGAUUGCACCGGGUAUGGCGCACCAACUGCUCUUCUCGGCCCGCAGGCUGGAGAGGCUGGUCCUGCAGUCCGCGCAGAAAGGUUAUUUCGACACAUUUCAGCUGAGACGCCACUUGUCGCUACUGAAAAAUAGCACGACGUUGUCCGCUAUCGAGCAAGUGCAGCAGAAGUGGAGAUUAUUUUGUAAGGAGCCACCGAAAGGAUUCGAAAAGUUCUUCAAGCCAGGUGAAGGUAAAAGUGGUAAAAACGCUGGCAAAAAUGCUGAGAAGAAGACAGAAGAAACAAAUAAAAGGGCUGAGACGAAGACAGAAGAAACAAGUAAAAAGACUGAGACGAAGAAACCACCUCCGUCUUCGUCCUCCUCUUCGUCUUCCUCUACCUCGUCCGGUUCCAAGGAGUCGAGCUUUCGGUGGAUAUCCAAGAUUUUUGGAAACAACUCGGGAGGCAACCCACUCGAAGGCGGCGAUAAGGAAAAAACAUUCAUGAUUGCGGUUACGCUUGGAGUAGGCGCUUUGAUCGCGAUACUACUUAGCCAAGAUAUGAAUCUGAAAGAGAUUACAUGGAGGGAGUUUAUAUAUAACUAUUUAAAUAAAGGUCUUGUCGAAAAGUUAGAGGUAAUAAAUAAGAAAUGGGUGCGUAUAAAGCUGUUACCCGGCUACACUGUCGAUGGCUCGGAUACGUUAUGGUUUAAUAUUGGAAGUACCGAUACUUUUGAAAGAAAUUUAGAAAACGCACAAAUAGAAUUAAACAUGGGACCAGAAAAUUAUAUUCCUGUGGUCUACAAAAAUGAAAUAGAGGGUUCAAAUCUUCUGUCGUACUUGCCGCAGAUUAUUAUGUGGGGAUUUCUCAUUUUCUUAAUACGAAGAUCUGCGGAAGCGAUGUCUGGUAAAGGAGGUAAAAGAGGCGGACUUUUUGGUAAAGUAAUGGAAUCAACUGCAAAACUAAUAAACUCGAAAGACAUAGGCGUACAAUUUAAAGAUGUAGCUGGAUGUGAAGAAGCUAAAAUCGAAAUUAUGGAGUUUGUCAAUUUUCUAAAAAAUCCGCAACAAUACAUAGAUCUUGGAGCUAAGAUUCCAAAGGGCGCCAUGUUAACAGGGCCCCCUGGCACUGGUAAAACUUUAUUAGCUAAAGCUACAGCUGGUGAAGCAAAUGUACCUUUUAUUACAGUAUCAGGUUCAGAAUUUCUGGAGAUGUUUGUCGGUGUUGGUCCUUCGAGGGUGCGCGACAUGUUCUCUAUGGCGCGAAAACAUGCACCGUGUAUAUUGUUUAUCGAUGAAAUCGAUGCGGUUGGACGAAAGAGAGGAGGUCGGAAUUUUGGGGGACAUUCUGAGCAAGAAAAUACAUUGAAUCAGCUCUUGGUAGAGAUGGAUGGAUUUAACACGACGACUAAUGUGGUUGUAUUGGCAGCUACUAACAGGAUAGAUAUUUUAGACAAAGCGUUAUUAAGACCUGGGAGAUUCGAUAGACAAAUAUAUGUUCCUGCUCCGGAUAUCAAAGGACGAGCGUCUAUUUUCAAAGUGCAUUUAGCUCCUUUGAAAACGAACUUGGAUAAGGCCGAGUUAGCGAGAAAAAUGGCUGCCUUGACCCCUGGAUUUACAGGGGCUGAUAUUGCAAAUGUUUGCAAUGAAGCAGCUCUGAUUGCGGCGAGAGACUUGAAUGAUAAUAUUAAGUUUAAAAACUUCGAGCAAGCUAUCGAGAGAGUAAUUGCUGGGUUGGAGAAGAAAACCCAAGUAUUACAACCGGAAGAGAAGAAGACGGUUGCGUAUCAUGAAGCUGGUCACGCUAUAACUGGCUGGUUCUUAGAACAUGCGGAUCCACUUCUGAAGGUGUCCAUUAUUCCACGAGGCAAAGGAUUAGGAUACGCUCAGUAUUUGCCACGUGAGAUGUUCCUUUACACGAAGGAACAGUUGUUCGAUAGGAUGUGUGUGCUGAUCGGCGGACGAGCGUCGGAAGAAAUCUUUUUCGGUCGCAUAACUACAGGCGCUCAUGAUGACUUGCAGAAGCUCACGCAAUAUGCGUAUGGACAAAUUACACAAUACGGCAUGAGCGAGAAGAUUGGAAACGUUAGUUUUCAAAUGCCGAGUUCAGGAGAAAUGGUCUUCGAUAAGCCGUACUCGGAACACACAGCGCAGCUUGUCGACAAUGAGGUGCGAGAGUUGAUCGAUAGGGCGCAUAAGCGAACACUAGCUCUUUUAAAAGAACACAAAGAAGAUGUAAUCAAGAUCGCCGAGCGAUUAUUGAAACAGGAGGUUCUAAGUAGGGACGACAUGAUUGAAUUACUUGGGCCUCGGCCUUUCCGUGAAAAGUCUACCUACGAGGAGUUUGUCGAGGGUACGGGCUCCUUCGAAGAGGAUACCACAUUACCCGAAGGUUUGAAGGAGUGGAACGUGCAAAAGGGGGAAUCGUCCAAGGACGGCGACAAGAAGGGCACGGCACCGGAAGCGCAGUCUCCCAAAGCGGCCUUCAGCGACGAACAGCCACAGCAACGACUGUAAUUGUAAUAUUUUAGUCAUCUCACAAAUGCUUUGUAUUAUAGUUCGAAAUACACAAUUAUAAUAAAUUUACGGUUGUUCAACAGUA